ACCAAUAUUAGAAUCCAGAGUGUGAAACACGGUGUAAUAUAAGAAAAAAAGGCAAAUAAGUCAAAAUGUUGAGACCAAUUCUUCAUCAAAUCGGAACGAAACGGGUUGUCCUUGCUAGUGGCUCGCCACGACGGCAGGAGUUAAUACAAAACUUGGGUAUAGAAAAUGUGUUGCUCUGUCCAUCAAAGUUUGAAGAAAACCUCGAUCCAGCAAAAUAUUCCUUCGAGGAUUACGUAGCCAUGACCGCGUACGGUAAAGUGCAAGAAGUUUACGAGCGCCUCUCGAAGGAUGACGCAACGAAACCGGACGUUGUGAUCGGCGCCGACACGAUGGUGACGAUGGACGGGCAAAUGUACGGGAAGCCAAAAACUCCCGAACAUGCCUUUGAGGUGUUGCAAAAGUUGAUGGGCAGAACACACGUGGUCUACACGGGUGUGGUGAUUAAGUAUGGCGAGAAGGAGGUCAAGUUUACAGAGUCCUGUAAAGUACAGUUCGGCAAGGCUACACCGGCCCAGAUUCAAGCAUACGUUGAUACGGGCGAACCACUAGACAAAGCCGGAGGAUAUGGAAUACAAGGCCUGGGUGGAAACUUUGUAGAGAGCAUAGAGGGAGACUAUUUCACCGUCGUUGGUCUUCCGAUGUACCGGCUCUCCGUAGCGCUUUGCAAUCUUUUCGAUUACCAUGUGGAAUGAACACCAAAAUUAAACUAAAAUAAAUUCUACACGAUGCCUAACGAUAACAAAAGCAAAUCAAGUCCGAUAAAUAUCUUGUCAUCAUAGAGAAAGUUCGCACAGUUCUUCCAAAGCAUGAUCGUUGGUACAAAUCAUUCCAUAAAAUUACAAUAUCUAUUUCAGUAUAAUAUUGUUGCUUGUUGAUUGGUUAAACUUCUCGCCCUCCCGGGGUUUCGGUUGAUUAGAUGGAUGUUCAUUGUUGAGUUAUGUUUCCUCCUGUCCCGUGUUUCACAGUUUCCAGAUAGUGUUUACUCCAUCCCACGAGGGAAGAUAAGACCAUACGCUCUCCGCGGCCGUUCA